AUGACAUCCGAUUCUAGACUCCAACCCAAUGUGUUCAUGAAUGGUAGGGGCCGAAUUGCAGAUCCGCACGACGAGAUGCCUGAUUAUUGCUGGGUUACAGCGCAUUUGCCCGAGAAUAUGUCGUGUGAUGGGCAAAGCGACGAGGAAAUCAUGAACCUUGUACUUUGCAAGAUACAGAUUGGGAAUGUCAUCAUUGGUGAUAGUGCCCUGCAUAGCUUAGGAUGCUACUGCCUUUCCUUGCCGGUUAAAGUUGCACCCGGGGAAAACACCGGCGAAGUUUUGUCUUAUGCUGAAACUCUUGCGGAAUGGUGGCUCAAGCAAAUCCGCCUGGGUAGAGCCUGUCUUGACCAGUACAGUAUUUUUGAAGCCACAUGGCGCUCCCUAGCACACUAA